GCGUCCGAUGUGUGUGCCGCCUCUGCUCCUCCGUUCCCGGGUUCCCGUGGCCUUGGGAUCACAGAGUCACCACUGUCACCUGUUACAGAGUUGCAGUGCGUCAAAGCAGGAUGGGUGCAAAAAAAAAAAAAUGACUGGAACGUGUAGUACUCCGUCCACAGGCCUCAGCUGUACUCCGUCCUCUAGGAAAGGGUGAAAGGCUUGCUCCCUUCUGCUUGAGGAGAACGAAUCUUCCCCUCACGAUCCCAUGGCCGGAAGUUAUGGUGUGAUGGCUGACGACGGCUCUAUUGAUUACACAGUCCAUGAGGCCUGGAAUGAAGCCACCAAUGUUUACUUGAUAGUUAUCCUUGUUAGCUUUGGUCUCUUCAUGUAUGCCAAGAGGAAUAAAAGGAAAAUUAUGAGAAUAUUUAGUGUGCCUCCCGCAGAAGAGAUGUUGUCAGAGCCCAGCUUCUAUGACACAGUGAGCAGAAUUCGCUUAAGACAACAGGUGGACGCACAUCCCGUGUGUAACAAGAAAGUACGAGUAUCAACAGCCACAAAGCCAGGCCGACAGUGUGCAGCUCUCAUUGGAAUGAAACUUCAGACUGAGCAACAGAAGUGAUUGUGAUGCGGCAUGAGAAACAAGUCCUUCAUCCCUCUACAAAAUCAUGAACGGCAUGUAGAAAGCUCGGCCUAUUGUGCCCCUGUCCCAAGCCUUCAUUUGUUUCUUCUUCCAGGACUUUCUUCAUAAACGCAAAAAUACAUCUUAGAAGGGAAAUGCUUUGUGACCACUGAUGGAGACUUGCCCUUUUGAGGGUCAGUGAUGUCUUCAGGAUACAGUGAAACAUACAAGCGUGUCUUUGGAAGCAAGAAUCCUAGAGUUAAUGUCACUUUAGAAUAUUUUUAUAGAGUUAAAACAUGAAACUCUAGCUGUUGGGAUACUUUGCUCUUAGGAUGUAGUCUGUUUAACAUUGGUAGCAGACUAAUUUGUGUUGCUUCCACGAUUGUUCCUGGCUCUUUGAGUGACCUUUCCUUCAAGACUUGUAUGACACACGAGGAACCUUACAGUCUCUUCUGCACCAUGAAGCUUAUCCCAGCUGCUACUUGUGGAUACUUUCUGUAUCUGGGUUUGUCUCCCUUUGAUUGUAUUCCCAAAGCUGUUAUUUUGUUUCUGAUCCCACAUUUCCCUUGCCUUCCUAGGGCUCCUUGAGGCCAUGCUGUUAGACAAGGAGAAGUCUCCGUCUUGCUGUCGGCCCCUCACGUUCCCAUGGUUUCCCCAUCCCUGUUGAUGGUUACAGCAGUGUCUUCUGUUGCUUAAAGCUUUGCUGAACACCCA